AUCUCGUUCAUUUCGAAUUUUGUUGAUGUUUAUAUGAUCUUCAUCUGAAAGUCAGUGUGAUGGCACGGUGGAUGAUGCUUUUGUUUGUUUGCAGCGCUGUGAAUGCACAAGCGCUGAAUUAUGAAAGUUUAAUGGAUUGCUGUAAGGCUGGAAGGGUGUUGGCCCUUUCAAGGCCAAACUGUACACUUGACCAUCGCGUCUCUUCUUCUGACGUGUGCGGUUUCGUCAAGGAGAAGUGCUGCUCAGGAGCACUAACAUACCAAAUCUGUAAGAAUGGCAUCGAGACGGCCGAGAAGGGGGGGAACUGCAACGCACUCUCAUUGGGACCUGCGCAAGGCUCACUGUCUAAGUUAUGCUGUGACUGCUGUAAGUUCGGCCUGAGCCAAGCACCGAGAUGCGGAUUCCGUGGUUUAUUUGUGGAGGACAUGUGUUUGGACACAGCUAUUGGCUGCUGUGUGAAAAACUCAACAGUAACCGAGCGGACUCCGAAUGAUGUUGACGAGUGCCUGUCCGGGGUUCACACCUGCAAGUCUGACCAAGUUUGCAUUAACACAGUGGGUUCCUUCAUCUGUCAGAAAGAUUGUGCCAUUGGGUUUGAACUGAACGACAACAUUUGCCAAGACAUUGAUGAGUGUGCCUGGCUUAAUCGAGGUCAUCAGUGUUCCUACAAUUGCUCCAACGUCCCAGGAAGUUUCCGCUGUACCUGCCCAUCCACAGGCUACACGCUGGCACAGAAUGGACGCACAUGCCAAGACAUUGAUGAAUGUGCAGCAGGGACACACACCUGUUCUCUCCCUGGAAGCUGCUUCAACAUCCUGGGAGGGUUUCGAUGUCUGUCCUUGGCAUGUCCUCAAUACUUCCAGCUAGCAGGGCAGGGAAAAGAUACUUCAGCCAGUUGGAGUUGUCAAAAGACCUGUCAUCCAUACGACGUCCGCUGCAACAGCUAUCCCAUUGACUUAAUCCGCUACAUCUCCCUCUCUUUGGAAACCGUUCUAGAAAUCAGUAACCCAAAAGAAAUCGUUUUCUUGCAGUCUACUGCGGCAGCUAACUAUGCUCAUCUACCUGGUGCAACCGAUGUGGCCUUCAACAUCCUGGUUGCAGACGACCAAUCCUCUUUUGAUGUGAUAAAGCGUCCCUACGAGGGCAUGUUUGUUGGUGUGGUUCGUCAGGUGAAACCUCUCCGUGGUCCCAGGGAUCUUGUGUUGCAGGUGGCAAUGAAUUACGUCAAGUUAGGGGUUGUUUCCUACCGCAACAUUGUCAUCAUUCACAUCUUCCUCUCUGAGUUCUUGUUCUGAGGAAAGCCAUUAAGAGAUACUAUAUUUAUAUACCACAUUUUCGUGAGUUCAUUUGAUGGUUGUUGACGGUGGACCAACCAACAAAGAUGACAGAAAUUCGUAGUUAUAAAAGGAUCAGGUGUUUUUAUCUCCUUAACCACUGUACGAAUUUGACUUGAAUUCAGACUUAGUUGUUAUUAUGUGUAACUGUUUAAUAGAUCAAUUUCAUCUACAUUGAAAGACCACAUGUAAAAUGCUUCAAUUGAUA